UCAAUUUGUAUCUACGUUUUACAUUCAAUUUUAAGUUUCCACAAAUUUAGAUAAAAAUUGAUGUGAAUGUGGACAAUACGCCUAGUUUACUCAAUUAACUACGUCCUCGAGUGGUGUCAGUAGUGCUGGUGCGUCAAAAUGCCGCUUUUUGGUAAGAAAGAUUUUGGAAGAAAGUCAAAAAAAGAUGGUAAGGAUUCUGAAAAACAACCUUCCAUUGAAGACAAAUAUAUUGUAAAAGAUUUGUUGGGAACAGGAGCCUUUUCGGAAGUGCGCUUGAUAGAAAGCAAAGAAAACGGGCAACAUUUCGCCUGCAAAAUUAUUGAUAAAAAAGCCCUGAAAGGCAAAGAAGAUUCAUUGGAGAAUGAAAUUAGAGUCUUAAAAAGAUUUAGCGAGAAUGCUAAAGGUGAAGGCGCUGAGAAAAAAAUGUUUUCACAUCCUAACAUCGUCCAGCUGUUAGAAACAUAUGAAGACAAAAACAAAGUAUAUCUAGUCAUGGAACUUGUAACAGGUGGCGAGCUGUUUGAUAGAAUAGUCGAAAAGGGCUCGUACACUGAAAAAGAUGCGUCCAAUCUGAUCAGACAAGUUUUGGAAGCUGUUGAUUACAUGCAUACUCAAGGAGUAGUGCAUAGAGAUUUGAAACCAGAGAAUCUUCUCUACUAUAGUGCUGAUGAAGAUAGUAAAAUAAUGAUAAGUGACUUUGGCUUGUCAAAGAUUGAAGACUCAGGAAUCAUGGCUACUGCAUGCGGCACUCCCGGUUAUGUAGCACCUGAGGUGCUGGCUCAGAAACCAUAUGGCAAAGCUGUUGAUGUAUGGAGCAUAGGUGUUAUCUCAUACAUUCUACUGUGUGGCUACCCACCGUUUUAUGAUGAAAAUAAUGAUGCUGACCUGUUUGCCCAGAUUCUUAAGGGUGACUUUGAAUUUGACUCACCAUAUUGGGAUGAUAUCAGUGAGUCGGCUAAAGAUUUCAUCAGACAUCUUAUGUGUGUUGAUGUGGAGAAGCGAUACACAUGCAAGCAAGCGUUAGGUCAUCCCUGGAUAUCUGGUAACGCAGCCAGCAAUAAGAAUAUCCAUGGUACUGUUUCUGCACAACUGAAGAACUUCGCCAAGUCACGCUGGAAACAAGCCUACCAUGCAACCACUGUGAUCCGACAAAUGCAAAAGUUACGGCUAUACAGUAGCGGCACCAGUCGCAAUCCAAACACCCCUGCACCACAACCAGAUGUGCCGCAACCAUCUACAGAACAAUAGUAAGAAUAAUACAUAUUAUAUUCAUUCAUGGUUGAAUUUUUAUCAAAAACAUUAUAAAAUUCAACCCUCAAACUUAAUAUCAUAUAAUAUCUUGACACUGAUAAAUGCAUAACAUUAUGCCUGACUAAUAACUGGAUCUGAUUUUAAUAUUGCAACAAAUUGUAAUAGUUGAGAUGAUGAAUGUAUUUGCAAUAAAAAAACUAAAAAAAUUGCAUUCUAAUUACUGAAAAAAAAUAUUGUCAAUGUAACUGGCCUAUAACUAAAUCUGGCAGUUUUUAAGGUAUAAAAAUCUAUAAAAUGAAAAAUUUAUUUCCUCAACUAUUACAAUGAAGCAUUUAUUUGCUAGAAUAUUUUGUUUUUAAGUAAGUACUAUUUCUUUUAUUUUUUAAGCAUUUGAAUUUGGAACGCCAUAAUUGAAUUAUCAACGAACUGUAUUUAUUAUAUUUUUACUUUUUACUAGACAUAUACUUUUAAUAUGCCAUACAUAUGAAAUUUUUAUUAUUGCAAAGCAUAAUUUUUAUAGUCUAUAAUUAUUGUAAUAUUUGAAUCUCAUGCUUAAAAUCAUGGGACGAAUAUGUCCAUAGUAAUAUAAAAAUUUAAAUUCUUCAUAAUAUAAAGUUUCAAAUUGUUGAAUUAAUCUGUACUAUGUAUUUAAGGUUAAGAAUAUAUUAUAUUAGAUCUGCGGUUUCCAACAUUCUAAGAUGAUUUGAUGUUCAACUUAAAUGUAACACUAACUUGUUGCGAUUGUUCUUGUUGACUUUAGAAUCUAUAACUAAAUAUUUUUAAAAUAUUUACAUAACCAUUUAUCACAUUCACUAUGUGAAAUAUUCUAAUAUAAACAGAAUAGUUGAGAAAUUAGGUUUUUAAAUAAGUUUUACGUUAGAAAGAAUGGCUCAGGAAGACUGAACUAGCCAACCACAUGCUUAAUUAUGGAAAUUGGGUUUGGCGUAGGUCAUUCUCCAAGCAAGCCAAUAUAUACUAGUAGGACACACAUAUUGCUGCAAGGAGACGAUUAUAAUAAAAUGAAGACAAAAAAAAAGAAAGAAUUGUUGAUACCAAUGAUGUUCUAUACAUAUAGACAAUUCACGUUGUAUAUAUAGAAACAAAGGCGAAAUAUCGAAUAUGUACCAUAUUAAGCAUUGGCUGCUAUAUCGAUACAUUGUCACAUUAACUUCAGUUGCUUCAAAAAAAAUUUCGUCAAUAAUCAGCAAUGUAAAACAUUUAUUCAGUUCAGGUUUGAUUCGGACAGUGACAGUUGACACAUGACUAAGAAGAAUAGAAUACUUACAUUGUAUUUAAGCACACUUUUGGCGUUCCACUAUCAUACUGUCAAUGAUAUGUCCUCGUAUGUGUAAUAGAACGUCAUUGGUUGAUACAUUUGUAGGAAAGUGUACUUAGUGUGGAAAACAUACAGUUGAUCAGUGCUUCUGUGACCUUUGGGCUGUGUUGCAAUUCUUGCCAUACUUUUUGACAUGGGGUGAUAGUUUGUAAAUUGAGGUCAUUGACCCCUUACUGCCUUAAGAAUUUGAAAGUUUAAGGUUUAUUUUGCUUUAACAAUUAAUAACGCGUUUUAAUGUUAAAAGGUUUGCAAUUCGAUGUAUCCAUCGAAAGUAAAUGGCAGUUUUCAAGCAAAUUUCUGCGCUGGUGUGGUGGGGGUGUGAUUAGUGCUAAAAAAUAAAAAAAUUAUUAUUGAAUAUUUUUAUUUUUGGAAUAUUUAUUCGCACAAAUGUCAAUUAAAUAACUAAUUUUUUGGUAAUCUAAAAUAACUGUGUAUAGAUUUUCAUUAAAUUAAUAAUAGUACGUGUCAGUCAUGAAAUUAUAAAUCUGUUCAGAUUUUUUAAAAGUUAUGAGAGAAUAAAUAUUCAUAUAUGAACCCUAUAAUCUACACUCUCCUUUUAAGGGCACGUCUGUAUAAUAUACGGCUAACGGCGGUAAUUGUGAGGGGCGACAUGUACAGAUUGCAAUUCGUACCCAACGUAGUACGCUGUAUAUGGGACCGCAUCAAUGAGUCCUCGCUCACGGAAACUUUUCUGAAGGGCCGGCAGCGCUCCUGUCUUCCAAAUCCUAUAGAGUCCUCUUAAGACCGAAUAGGUUCGGAGCAAAUCUCUCUUAUAGCCUAAACACAUGGUCGGAUUUGGUAUGGUCGGACCUUUGGACGGUCCGGUGGGCAGGCUGGGCGCCUCGCACCAAUUGGUCCGGCGUCGUACUCUGUACGCUCCGGACGGUAAUAAUAAUAAAUUUGUGAGAUGAAUAAUGCGACAUACCAUCGAAUAUGGUCCAGUUCGGACCGCUUCCGAGGAUUCGGCCGGUCCAAAUCCGACCAUGUGUUUAGGCUAUUUGUCCAUCCACUCUAUCCGACCAUAGUGUGAGAGAGUGUCAAGUAUACGUACGAGUAUCAAGGUUCAGUCUGACCUAACACCUAGUUGCCAUUCUUUCUAAAACAUCACUUAUUAAAUCCAAUUUUUCAUACACACUCUUUUUUAAAUUAUCUGUUGUUAAUACGGCUUUACUCACGUUUUGUCGGUGUCGGUACCGACUAGUUUCGGACCAUUCGGAGGCCCUUCAUCAGGGUGAGUGUGGUAGGUUAACUAGUCGGUACCGACACCGACAAAAAAGUGAGUACAGCCGUAUUAACACAUAAUUUAAUAAACACUCUUUUUUAUUCUCGAACUUUAUAUUGUUAUGACAAUCGAGUAGGUACGAUUCUAAGUAUAACUAAGCUGUAUUAUUGUAUAAGUAAUCUUUUAUGCAUUACAAAUAUUUAAGCUGUUUAACAUGAAUAUAAUCGUAACUGUCUAUGCGGUAUUUAAAUAGGUAAGUUUUAAUGUUCUAAACUGAAUCCUUCCUAAAUUGUAAAAAAAAAAAAAUUAAUACACAGUGUCUGUUUUAGCAAUGUUUAAACUAUACAUGUAGAGAAAUUAUCUGUUUGUAUAUCACAGACCCAUUAUCAUUUUUGUUUUUGUAUACCUAUAUAUUAUAAUCUAUCAUCUAUAAUAUAUAUAUUUUUUCUAUAUCUCAAUAGUCACUGAUGGACAUUGGCAUAAAUAUGCAUUCGCAUAUCUGCAUAUACAAAUGCAAUAUAUCUAAAUUUUUAUAGCGUUAUUGCAUGAUUCUAUUUUUAUUUAAAAAUAAAUGUAUAUAUAUUAUACAUUUACAAUAAAAACAUGUAUAAUUGUACAUUACAAUGAUAUAUUCCCCUAUGUGGCGCAUUUCGUCGUGGAGCGGUUUUUUCGGCCUAUUGUCACAAAUUUGUCGUAGAAUAUUUCCUGGUAGUGUAUGAAAAAAAUCAAAUAAUUUAUAUUAGAGUGACUAUAACACUACGGGACAUAAUAAUACCUUUUUUAGCCUUUCUUAGCAGUGUUUUCUCUCAAAUAGGGUUAUCAUUUAGUAAUUUGAAAAGUCGUGAUAAAAAACAUGACAUUUCGAUAAAAGUCCGGACUUCUUAUUUGAUCUCGUUUAGGUUUCGUUUCUCGUAAAGACUUAUUUGAUAUUUGUUAAUAUGUAGUUUUAUUACUAUAUUCCAGCACGGAUGGUAACCCAACUCUCAAAGCGCUGUUUUUCGGAUCGGUCGUAGUAAUUUUAAAAUAAGAGAAUAUGAAUCACUUUAUUGACAAAAAAAAUGCUUCUAUUUAGUGCAUCUUUGGUCCUUUUUGGAUCGUAUUUGCAUGCAUGUGUUGCCAUUUCAUUAAUGUAUUUAACCCCGAUCGAGUCUUUGAACUUUUUUCACUUGUAAGUGUCAGAUGGCUUAGAGAUUUUUAUCUAUCUUCAAUAUUGGAUGUGUUCGUUGUUAUUGUAAACUUUAAAUGAUAGAACUAUUGUAAUCAACAAUAUAUAUUAUCUUCGGUAAGACUAUUUAUGUGGUAUGUGAUACUAAUGUUAAUGUUGCACCGUUCUCACUGUUUCUCAAGGUUUUAUUUAUUUUAUACGUGACUUAGGUUAUAUCGCGCACCGUAGGAAAAAAAAUACGUAUAAGAAUAACCUAUAUUUUUCCCCUUACCUCAGCUUCCUUAGUAUGAAAAGCUUUCGCAACAACCUACCCAGCGCUGUUUUUGAACAGAUAUACUUAGAUAUUGGCUACAUUAAGAAAAAUAUUCCAAUUUGUAACCAAAAUGUGUGAACGAUGCGGGACUCGAACUCUCGGGUCCCGUCCGAGCGCUCUUACCGCCUGAGCCAACCGUCCGAGUGACGCAUGGUUCGUAAAUCUUGGUAUUGUUCAACUCUCAGGUUGUGGCUCCAUCUAAGGAUCUACUUUACAGUUGAUAGCUUGGUCAACCUUAAUAAUUUCUUAUCAGACAAUUCACUUGAGAUGUCGCUCUUUCAAAUCUAAACAAUUUGUUUUUUUUUUAAAUUGAUAUCCCUUACUUCUGGGUCUAAUUAUACAAAUUAAAUUUGUUACCAAAAUUUAUCGAACGAUGCGGGACUCGAACCCGCGACCUCUCGGGUUCGGUCCGAGUACCAACUGAGCCACGAGAGACGCAUGGUUCGUAAAUCUUGGUAUGUCUUGUUCAACUUUCAGAUUGUGGCUCCGUUGUAGGUAUAAUUAAGCCCAGAUGUGAGGAAUAUCACUUUAAAAAUAAAAUAAAAAUAUUCAGAAACAAAUUCGCGAUGAAAGAAAUUAACCAACAAUAAACAGGCGCAACUUUCACAGAGUUGUGAAAUGUUUUCUGAAUAUACAACUGUUUGUAGAUCGUUUUGCAAUAAGGGGUCGCGUAACCCACAAAUAGAAUUACUCUUACAAAUUUUACCAAAGUUGUUUGGUUAGUUCAACUGUGAGGGUUUCAUCAUACAAUCUGACAUUAUAUCAUUAUGUAGUAUUAUUAUGGAUUUGCAAUUGACAAAAGGUUUCUUUUUACAUUUGACACUUACCCCCUUAUUCAUAAUGGUCCGCUAACUUUAAACAGCCGCUUAGGAGUGUUUUUUCUCAUUCUGACUUAGGUCAAUAGAGGAAGACAGAGUGAGAAUUAGCAAUGCUUUAAGUUAGCAGACUAUUAUGAAUAACCCCCUUAUUGACUUCUACUUCAUUUUUUUAUAUUACACAUACUACACGGCCACAUUAUCUCCGGACCUCGCUGGAACGCGAAUCCCCGCUCGCUCCCCUUUCACUCCCUCGCGCACAUUCUGUUGCGUCGGUACGGUUUGCAGAUUCAUUAGGUACCGUUAUGUACAUAUCUUUAUAUUUUCAUGCUAUCGCUGCUUUGUUUUUGAAGUUUUUAUUGUUACUUUUCGACUUUUGUUGCUUAUAGUCCUGUGUCGCUAUAGUAGUUCUGCCAUAAAAUAGUAGAUUGUUAACCGAGGGUCGAAAGAAUCAAUUCCCGAGGUAUUUAGACGCCCGAGCGCAGCGAGUAAUAAAACUAGUCGUUUAUCUAAGCACAGAUUAGUAUCCCGCCAAUUUAUGUCUACUUUUUAAAUUUCAAAUAUGGAACUUACUGCGUACUUGUUGCAGUUUAUUCCGCUCAAAGAAGUUUGCGCUAAGUUCACACGGGCUGUUUAGAAAGUCACAUGGCCGCAGCAUUUUUUUAAUUAGUUUUUUUUUUACAUAAAACUCUUCACAGCAGUUUUAUUAUUAAAGUUCAUUCCGGACCUUAGGUGGGAAGUUAUUUGUAUGAGUUGUUCCCUCUCUAUGGAGGGAAGCAGCAUUUUCCACCCAAUAAUCAGCAUCACAACACAACACCUUUACAUCAAUCUAUAAUACUGAAAAUAUCUUUGUUGUAUAUUUCUAAAUACUUAGUAAUAUCCUAGUGAUGCUUGUUUUGCACACCGUAACAAAGCGAUGAUGUGACGUCAUCGACGUCAUUCCCAGAGAUAAUGUAAUUGGGUUGUAUGUUCUUAUUUAUAACGUACUCGUUGAUUACUGAUUCAAUUUCAACAUUUCUUGUCGAUGUAAACAGCUCUCUGGAAUUUAAUGAUCUUGACAGCUAAUGCCUGUACUGAUUGUAACUGUUUACUUAAUAAUCGCAGUGGGUAAAGUGUGUUUUCGAAGCUGCGGUUCAAUACUGGUCUCUUCUAUAAAAAUAAAAAAAGUGUUUGUAUGCACGCAAGAAGUUAUACUUCUUUGGCCUAACGAAGCAAAAAUCAAUAAAUGAUUUAUUCCUCGUGCUAUUAUUCUACGUUUUAAGAAAGAACAAUUUUGUAAAAAUGUUGCAAAGGUGGUUUUCACAAUUAAUUACUUAAUAAUGAAUACGGCUGUAUGGGCUUGAACCCUUUGCCUGUCCUAAUAAUGGACGGAGAAACCAAAAAAAUAACGAAUGACGCAAACGUUAGAAAAUUUUAGGAACCAACUUCAACCUGUUCCUUUUGUGUUACAGUGAUACGCGUGCAUCUUAAAUUUACACUCUCAUCAUUGUUUUAUAACGCGCCUAAAGAAGUAUAACUUCAAUAUCAUCUUAGAUCAUUAAUACGUCUAAAUAGACUGUAACAGCUUAACUAGAUUGACAGUAAACCUCUAUUCAAAAUAGAGCUUGAUUGUUAAGCUCUAUUUCGAUCAAUUCACGCACACUAACACAAUGUGACACACAAAUCGCGAGUGUAAUAACAUAAUAAUCGACCGUCAUUAGUAUCGACUCUGCUUUGAAUUUAUAAUCAUAAUUAACGCCAUUAUAUGCGUAACUUCCACAGCACUCCAAAUUAUAUUGUAGGUUUAAAUAUUAACACAUAAAUGUAUACAUGCAUAUAAGUUUUAACGUACAUAUUGCUAUUUAUAUACAUAAAUCUUUGCGCUUGUAAAUAAUUAAUUACCUUGGACAUUCCUUUUGCAAUAUAUUGGUAUUUAUCGACAUUCCAUGACUUAUCGAUAAUUUAUAGAAAGUCUCUUUUGGUAUUGGCUAGUUUUUGUGUAGUUCGUUUAGUAUUUUCGGUUUCGUAUCCGGACUAUUCCAAAUGAUGAGGUUAAUAGCUUUUAUCGUUAUAUUUGUUUACAGAAGCAAUUAAAAUUCAUUUAUGAAUAUAUUUAUUUGUUUCAGUGCUCGCUUUUUGCAUUUUUUUUAAAUUCAACACACGCCCAUUUUACGAUCGAUAUAGCCUAGUGGCUAAUGACCCUGCCGACUGAGUAGAAGGUUCGGGGUUCCAAUCCCGGCAGGUGCAAACAUUUAUAUGAUGAUUUUGGAUGUUUGUUUCCGAAUCAUGGAUGAUUACUUAUAUCGAUACCUCAGUUCUAAAGUGUAACAAGUCUGAAAUUCAGUCAGUUUGAGACAAUUAUGAGACAAUGUUCCAAAAACCGUAACCAACCACAGAGAAACAAGUCGAUAAUUGAAUGCAGUUUACGGCCGUUCCCAAUAUACUAUCUACAGAUAGAGAUAAAUUACUACCUUCUACUGUCUGAAGAUGUCCCAAUACACAUAGAAUUUGAACCAUAGAAAUUGCAAUUCAAGCGUCCCAAUAUAAGGCGAUUAGAAUGACUUAUCGGGUAUAUUGGGACAGCUUCAGAUUAUUGACAGGUAAUUACUGACAGUAGAAUGUAGUAAUUUAUCUCUAUCUGUAGAUAGUAUAUUGGGAACGGCCGUUAUAUUGGGACGCGUGAAUUGCAAUUUCCAUUCAAACUUCUAUCGCUGGUAAGCUGUACGUCAUCCCAUUGACAGACACAGUUACCGUCGAUAAGUUUAUUGGGACAGUAAAAGUCAACGAUAGUUACGAUUUUUAUCUCAAGUAGGCCACAGCCGGAGAUAGACUGAAUAUUGGGAACGACCGUUAGUUGUAACUUUAAAUAUUUCUUUAUGAAUCUAGAAUAUUUUCGUUUUUCUUUUGGAACCCUUUUUUGAAUUUCUUUCUCUUUGGAUCUGAGGUAUCGAUAUAUAAGUAUUUAUGUUUAAGUAUGUAUAUCGUUGUCAUGCACCCAUAGUUACAGGUUAUGCCUAGUUUGGGGCAACAUAAUAAGGCUGGGUUGCACUAACUAGCUUUAGCAAUAACAAACAUGCUAAAAUACCUGUUAAGAAGAAAAAUGUGUUGCACCAUUUGACAAUUUUUAGAUGACUUCAUAAUUUAACUGUUAACCGUAACCGUCAAGUCUUCGCCGGUUAAAGCUAUUGUUAAUGUUAAAUAGCUAAAUAGCGAUCUGUCAAAAAUUUCAAAUGAAUAUUCCGAUAUUGACUUCAUAUUUCACUUUUAAGUUUAACUGUGCCAAGGAAUACGAUGGUGCAACACAUUCCACAGUUAGUGGGAGAUUCCUUUGCACAGGAUGCCGGCUAGAUUAUGGGUACCACAACGGCGCCUUUUUCUGCCGUAAAGCAGUAAUGUAAAUAUUAUAUGGGCAAAUGAGACUUAACAUCUUAUGUCUCAAGGUGACGAGCACAAAGGUAGUGCCGCUCAGAAUUGUGUUUUUCAAGAAUCCUGAGCGGCACUACAUUGUAAUGGGUAGGGCGUAUCAUAAACCAUCAGCUGAACCUGCUUAACUAUAACAGCUAAUAUGGUGCAACCCAGGGUGGGAAUUGCGAAUGUUUUCGUUUUGUAAUAAAAAAAAAUGAGUAGGUACUGAUGUUUGCAUUCCGUUUUAAUUAUUUAAAUAUUUUUAAUAUUAUAGAUUGUUUCCAAUUCGUCGUAUAGAUUAAAAUCAAUAUGCGAAUAUGUAUUAUAUGUUUGCGUGUUCUUAUAAUGAAAGCGUAUUAUAAAUACAUACUGAUAACCUCUGACAUUGUUAUUAUAGAAAUGUAUGUCGUACGAACUUAAUCAAUGUACUUAUAUCUAUAUUUUAUCCAGCUAUACAUUUAUAAGAUACUUAAAGCAUGCAUGUUAAAUACUUUUAUCUGACGUAAGUUCAUUUAUGUCAUUUCUUGACGAGUUCGUUUCUAUAGUCAACAGUAGUGACGUGGAGGUCGUCGCGUGCAUCGAAAACGUCUUUUAAUACAUUUGCGAAAAAAGAAAAACAACGUUUUUUUAAAGGACACAUGGAAGGGCAACGGUUUCUAUGCGUUCAGCCAACUACCAUCACAAUAAUUUAUCUUAAUACGAAAUAAUUUUAAUUGCGUUAUUUAUUUAUUUACAUUAUACUUACGUAUGUUUAAAAUAGUUAUUUAAUGUAAAAUUUUUUGAUUAUAAACCUUCAUUCACAUAUAAUUAGUAUGCAGGAGAAAAACAACACGAACUAGUGCGGGAAAGAAUAAAUUUCAGCACAUAUGGAAAAUUAUACAUUUUGAGCUGAUGUAUUAAAAAUAUAUUUAUAGUCACAUUCUAUGCUCCGUGUACGUGGAUCUUGAGCGAUGUGGCUGAGCGAACAAUUAUAGUCCGACAACUUCGUGCGCGACCGUCCCACGGAGUGACAGAAGGUGUGGGGGGCGGGGUACUAAGAUGUCAGCAGAUAGUGGGUGGAGUUUCGGGAAGGGCAACGCGUGAAGGCAAAAGGCAUAAAAGACAGUUAUUUUCUCAAAAUUGAUUCCUUUAGAAUUCUUUUUGACGAAACCUGCCCUACGCGACUCUACUCAAGCGCCUUAAGUCGCUCACGCCUCAAGAUCCGGGUCCUAUACGUAUAUUUAUAAAUUUUAUUACUCUAAUUAUAAGUUUAUGUUUGGGUUGUUUUGGGAAUUAUUUUUUAUGUUGUAAUAUUUCGUUUUUAUUUAAGACUAUAUUAUGUGCAAGUUAUUGUGAAAGUAAAGCGGGCUUUAGAUGUGAGACAUAAUCGAAAUUGUUAAAGGCUUUGCAUGUGUUGUACUAAGUAUAAAAUAAGUAAAACUCGCCUUAAAUAGAUCUGUUCAAUGUUGAAUCUUGUUUGAACUAAGUCAUGACUAGUUGAUUAUGUGCCAUGUUUCUGAUAAUUAAUACUGGGCGCAUUUCAGUAUCCACUUUGUAUAUUCGCUUCGAUUCAGAAUGCACUUCAAUGCUUAUGAUCUUAAACGACGGUAUUCUAAAAUAAAUGUCUUGCCAUAGUUUUCUAUGUAGUUAGUACAAUAAUUUGUUUGCUCUCUUCAGUAAUAUAUCUUUAUUUGUAUUCCUUAUUUCACUGUGCCAAAAUCAUAUCAAAUGAUCCGUGAUACUAAUAAUUUUUAAGAGAUAUUUGUUAGUCUGUAAAAUAGUUUGCAGUAACGUUGUACGCAAGUUCCUUGUUAGUAAUGAGAAUUUGUUUAUCGCGUACCUUGAUUAUCAAGCGUACUUAAAUAUCACUAUUUUUUGAUGGUUAUUGUGUUCUUAAUAUGAAUUGACCAUUUUUAUUUAGCACAAUAAUUAGUGGGAUGAAAUAUUUACUUGAUAAGCGGCCAUGUUUGAGACACUUCUGUACAGCUACUUACCUGCGAUAGCUGUGACACUGACAUUAGCGUUUAUGUCAAAUAUUUGUAUGAAGAUUUGGAGGUAGCAGUAAUAUAUCUCUUAAUUUUGCAUACAUAUAUUCAAGAAUACGUUUUAACUGUAUUUCAAAUACAAAUACCCUUUUGACACAUUUUAAAAAUGUAAUGAUGUAAAUAUAUACACAAAAAUUAAAAAAUGUUUUUUUUUUAAAGUAAAGACCGUACAUUAAUAUUCUUCAAAGAUUUCAAUGUCUCGAUAUAUAUUGCAAUUGUUUGACAAAAUCAGCCCAGUUUUUUAAUGAAUAAUCCUAAAUGUGUCAAAUGGGAUGUCGUAUUACUAACAGAGUGAAGUAUGUGACAGCGAUAUUCUCUGUAAUGUCAUUGGCUUUCAGUGAAGUGAAGUUAGUUGGCCCACAACAAUCACCUGUCGUCGCCCAGAAUGUUAAAUUUUCUUGUUAAUACCUACCAUUUUAUCUGAUUGCCACUGAAUUUAGCUAACUUGUGAUUUUAGAUUUUAUACUUCUUGUUCAAAAUAAUCAAAUUCUAUAAGUAGUUGAUUAGAUGUUAGCUCUACAUUCGAUGUCAUUGUAAAUAAAAAUGCUGACUUGUUGAAAA